AUGACCCCGCUGGGCCAGGCGUCCGGGCUGCCCACAGCCCUGCUGCUGCUCUGGGUCCCAGGCUGUUUGUCUCUGAGCUGCACCAGGCGUGUGACGGGCACCGUAGGGGGAUCGCUGAGCGUGCAGUGCCGGUAUGAGAAGGAGUUCACAGACCAUAACAAAUACUGGUGUGAAGAUCCAUGUUCGAUAUUCAAAGGGACGAAGAUUGUGGAGACCACGAAGUCAGAGAGAGAAGUGAGGCGUGGCCGCAUGUCCAUCAGGGACCAUCCAGCAAACCUCACCUUCACAGUGACCUUGGAGAGCCUCACGGAGAGUGAUGGAGGCACAUACUGGUGUGGGAUCCAGAGAUUAUUGACAGACCUCACCUUCCCGGUUGAGGUGUCUGUGUCCCCAGCACCAAUCUCCACAUCAACUAUGACCACAAAUACCCCUGCAGCCACGCCCUCUGCAGUCACAGCCCGAACCCAGACUGUGCCCACAGCCCCGGCAGGGAACGGCACCCGCAGCAGGAACAGCCAGGACAGCACCCCGCUGCCGCUCCUCGUGCUGCUCAUCUUGUUGGCGCUUCUGCUGCUGUUCCUGGUGGGGGCCUCGCUGCUGGCCUGGAGGAUGGCGCGGCGGCGGCGGCAGGUCAAAGAAUCCGCAGCUGGUGGGAAUCCGGAGCCCCUGCAGAACCCCUGUCAGGCCGCCCCGCAGAGUGAGCCCUGCUAUGCCAACCUGGAGCUGCAGAAGAGGCCCCUGCAGGGAGAGCCCAAGCACCCGAGGCAGGAGGAAGAGGUGGAAUACAGCCUGGUGCAGGCCCCCAGGGAGGACCUGCACUACUCCACGGUGGUGUUUACUGCCCAGGACCACGACCCCGAGGACCAGAGUCCCUCCCAGAGGCCCCUGCGGCAGGAGCCCGAGUACAGCGUGAUUAGGAAGACGUAG